UGCUGUCAGUCUCGCUGAGGCAGGGAGCUCCGGCAGGUGGCUGGCGCUGCCUACAGCCCUUGCGGGAGCUUCGCCUGCAUCGGACCCCACCGGAGCGAGUCAGGCUGCAAACCCAGGCUCAGCCUGUGUGUUAGGGACUCCUGCAACCUCGGCUGGGGGGAAUGCAACCGGACAACCUGCACCUUGGGGGGAAAUGCACCCAAAAUAAUAAAAUAAUUGCAGAUCCACAUGGUGCCUGCAGGUCGGGAAGGAACGCAACAGCAAUAUAAAAUUUAGAGCUCCUCGGGUACCCAGCCGGACAGAGAUCCGCAGUGUCCGCAAGCAGGGGCAAGCUCAUUUGCAACAGUGGCAGAGGCGAGAGAGGGAGAGCCUGAGCUGGGAGCGGGGUUGAAACGGAAACCCGAGGUGUGUAACUGCGGGCUGGCUGGCUGAGCCUCACUUCCUCUCUCCCUCCCUCUGUACGAGGGGACACUGCCAUUUCUGCUGCCGUGGAUGCGAGGACCUGACUUCCGGAGCUUCCAACCGAUGCUGGGCUGCUUGCGACUUCUCAUCCAGAUGUGGAGAUUCGGACAUGGAUUUUACUGGCUGCCAAAUCAUCUGCAAUCAUCGGAUUGAAAGUGGAGACUAUCACGCGAACAACCUGAAGGGUUUUAUUCGUGGUCUUUGAGUGUGUUCGGGGCAGGAUUCCUGGCUUCUCUUUCUCCAUCCCCCCCCCCCCCUCCCCAUACCUCUUGUUUUUUUUCUCUGAUAUAUCCGGACCGUUGCCCCCUUGGUCAAUCCUGGAUAGUGUGAAGUUCAACGUGUUGAAGCACUUUGCUGGCUCCAGGAUGGGGAAUGCAGCUGGGAGUAUGGAAGUUUCCCCGGGGAAGGAGAUCAGGACCCAGCAGGCGACCGUCCCCAAGCAGCCAGUGCCCAUUAAUGACGGCGAGCUGGAGGAGAGAUUCUCUCAAGUACUGAACUGCAUGAACCUACCUCCAGACAAGGUGAAACUGCUGAGCCAGUAUGACAAUGAGAAGAAGUGGGAACUUAUCUGUGAUCAGGAACGGUUCCAGGUGAAGAAUCCUCCUUACGCUUACAUCCAGAAAUUGAAAAGUUUCCUAGACCAGGGUAGGGUCAGAAAGUUCAAGAGGCGAGUGCAAGAGUCAACCCAGGUCCUGCGAGAACUUGAAAUUUCAUUGAGGACUAAUCACAUUGGGUGGGUGCAAGAGUUUUUAAAUGAAGAGAACAAAGGCCUGGAUGUGUUGGUGGAGUACUUGUCCUUUGCACAAUGUGCUGUCACAUCUUUUAAAGAAACUGCUUGGAAUUUUGUGAGGAGUUUGAGUUAUGUGGAAAGGCACGACAUGGAGAGUACGGAUAAUGGAGGAAUUGCUUCCGAGAAAAGCAAGCCCUUGGAUAGGUCUGUAGAAGAUCUCAGUAGAGGCAACUCGCCUACGCAUGGGUCUUCCAGAGCCAGUGGACGUCAUCUCACCGUCAGGCACAACAUGCACAGUAGGAAAGCACUGCGGAACUCGCGGAUUGUCAGCCAGAAGGACGAUGUCCACGUCUGCAUAAUGUGCCUCCGUGCCAUCAUGAACUACCAGUCCGGUUUCACCUUGGUGAUGGAACAUGAGCAAUGUGUGAAUGAGAUCACCCUCAGUCUGAACAAUAAGAAUGCAAGGACGAAAGCGCUGGUGCUGGAGUUGCUGGCUGCAGUGUGCCUGGUGCGAGGUGGACAUGACAUCAUCCUUGCAGCCUUUGAGAACUUCAAAGAGGUCUGUCGGGAGAAGGUCCGCUUUGAAAGGCUCAUGGAAUAUUUCCGAAAUGAAGACAGCAACAUCGACUUCAUGGUCGCCUGUAUGCAGUUCAUUAACAUCGUCGUGCAUUCCGUCGAGGACAUGAACUUCCGGGUCCACCUACAGUUUGAGUUCACCUUGCUGGGACUGGACGAGUACCUUAACAAACUGAAGCCAUCGGAAAGUGAGAGGCUGCAGGUUCAGAUCCAGGCGUACCUGGAUAACGUGUUUGACGUUGGUGCACUGCUGGAGGAUGCGGAGACCAAGAACGCAGUGUUGGAACAUGUUGAGGAACUGCAGGGAGAAGUAAAUCAGCUGACGGAAAAGCUGCAGGAAGCCGAGAAUGACUCCAUGAUGAAGAUUGCAGAGUUGGAGAAGCAGCUGAUACAGGCCCAUAAGGAGGUGGAAGUUCUCAAGGAGAAAUCCAGUGACUCUGCGGCAAGGCUGCAGUCUCUGCAGGCACAGGUGACAGACAGCAACGUGGUGGUCCGACAGCACACUUCCUUGGAGCAGAAACUCAUCCAGCUGGAACAGCAGGGUCUGCUCAAGAUCAAUCGUGGAGACAACGGAGACUUUGAAAUAGAUAUCGUUCCGGUCAUAGUGAAAGAAACGGUCGUAACCACGACACCGACACCCAGGCCUGAGCCCAAGCAAGAUGUUCCUCCAGCACCAACGGUUCGGGGUGAUGCUACUGAUGCUGCCAGUUCUGGAGCAGGUCCUCCUCCUACUGGUCCCCCUCCUCCUCCCACCCCUGCGUCAGCGGAGACCGCCUUCACUCCACCUCCUCCUCCGCCUCUACCCAAUGUGGCUGCUAGUGAGGCUGCCCCAGCGGCAGGUAUACCACCACCCCCGCCCCCACCGCCUCCACCCCCUGGACCUCCAGGUGCUGGAAUCCCUCCUCCACCCCCACCCCCACCUGGGGCUCUCCCUCCAGGGGCACCCCCACCUCCACCCCCUCCAGGAGCAUCGGGGUCCUUCUUCAAUGCAGCGACAAAGGUCACCACAGCUCUGAAGGCAAAGCAGCCAAUUAAAACCAAGUUCCGAAUGCCUCUCCUGAAUUGGGUGGCACUGAAACCCAAUCAGAUUGAUGGAACAGUCUUCAAUGAGUUGGAUGACGAAAAGCUGCUACAGGAGCUGAACAUGACAGAGUUUGAGGAGAAGUUUAAGACCAAGGCGCAGGGUUCAUCGGUGAACAUCAGCACAAUGAAAAUAAAGGUUUCCCAGAAAGCGAGCAGCAAAGUGAAUCUGAUUGACUCAAACCGAGCGAAGAACCUGGCCAUCACACUGCGCAAAGGAGGCCUGAGCUCUGAUGAAAUCUGCAAGGCCAUUGAGGACUUCAACAUGCAGUCACUCAAUCUGGACUUCAUGGAGCUACUGACCCGCUUUGCGCCGACCGAUUACGAGCGCAAGUUACUGCAGCGGUACGAGACGGACAAGAAGCCACUGGAGGACCUGGCCGAGGAGGACCGUUUCAUGAUCAAGUUCAGCAAGAUCCCACAGCUCGACGAGCGGAUGAAGAUUAUCACCUUCAUGGGCAACUUCAAUGACAGUCUGCAGCUGCUGACGCCGCAACUUAACGCAAUCAUCGCCGCAUCAAUGUCCAUCAAGUCAUCAGUGAAACUGAAGAAAAUUCUGGAGAUCAUUUUAGCAUUUGGAAACUACAUGAAUAGCAGUAAGAAAGGAGUUGUUUAUGGCUUUCGACUGCAAAGCCUUGACUUGCUCCUUGAAACCAAGUCAACCGACAGGAAGCAGACUCUAAUGAACUACAUUGUGGAUAUCAUCCAGAAGAAAUAUCCUGAACUCAGUACCUUUCACACCGAGCUGCUGUUUGUGGAGAAAGCUGCUGCAGUCUCACUGGAGAAUGUUGUACAGGAUGUGCGGUCGUUACAACAGGGGAUGGAGCUCACCCGGAAGACGUUCAUGGUCCAGGAUACCAGCUUAGUCCUGAAGGAAUUCAUAGGGACCAAUUCUGAGAAAGUGGACAACUUAAUAAAGGACAGCAAAACUGCACAGGAGGCUUACCAGUCUGUCAUUGACUAUUUUGGGGAAGAUGUGAAAACAACACCUCCGAGUAUGUUCUUCCCAUUUUUUCUGAGGUUCAUCAAGGCCUAUAAGCAAGCCGAGCAUGAAAAUGAGAUCCAAAAGAAGCAGAAGGAAACGGUAGCCCAGGACCCUGAGGACACAGGUUCACGUUCAGGCAAAGGACAACCAGAUGGGAAGCCUCUUCCCGUGAAGAAUAAGGCCCCUCACAUGGACCUAAUGGCUGAGCUAAAGAAGAAGCAGCAGGGGAAGGAGAGGAUGGUUUAUGAGGGCAAAGACGGAGCAAUUGAAGAUAUUAUCACAGAUCUACGCAACCAGCCAUACAGACGAGCAGAUGCCAUGAGGAGGAGUGUUCGGAAGAGAAUGGACGAACAGAAUCUUCGCAUAUCUGGAGAAGUCUCGUUAUAGCCAGUUGUCUGGGCUGUCGGGGGGGGGGGGGGGGGGGGGGGGGGGGG